UAAUAUAUUAGUAUUAUUUACGUGACCGUACAUAUAUUCAUUGACCGUUGAAAAAUCUUAUAUAUAAACAUAAAGUACAACCGCUCGUUCGAAGUCGAACAGUCCCAAAGCCCUUGUAAAAGCAGAUCAAAACUACGUCGUAUCGUUUCCAUCUUCGUCUUCUUCAGAGAGAAAUAUGCAGAAGAGUGAGUCAACUUCGUCCCUAGGGCCAGGAGGCCUCGACCUAUCGAAUGCCUUCUUCAGGCCAAUCCACAGCGCCGCCCCACCUUCCCCCACCAAACGCCACACCAAGAUCUCCGUCAUCGGAGCCGGAAACGUCGGCAUGGCCAUAGCCCAAACCAUCCUCACCCAAGACCUAGCCGAUGAGCUCGUCCUCGUCGACGCCAAGCCCGAAAAGCUCCGCGGCGAGAUGCUUGACCUCCAGCACGCCGCUGCCUUCCUCCCCCGGACCAAGAUCAUCGCCUCCGUCGACUACGACGUCACCGUCGGAUCCGAUCUCUGCAUUGUCACCGCUGGCGCCCGCCAGAUCCCCGGCGAGUCCAGGCUUAAUUUGCUCCAGAGAAACGUUGCUCUGUUUCGGCACAUCAUACCUCCGCUGGCCAAAUUCUCACCGGAAACCAUUCUGUUGAUCGUAUCUAAUCCCGUCGAUGUGCUGACGUAUGUGUCUUGGAAGUUAUCCGGGUUUCCUUCGAAUCGGGUUAUCGGAUCGGGUACGAAUCUGGACUCCUCUCGGUUCCGGUUCCUCAUCGCCGAUCAUCUUGAUGUUAACGCUCAAGAUGUGCAGGCUUACAUAAUUGGGGAGCACGGGGACACUUCAGUGGCGCUAUGGUCAAGCAUCAGCGUAGGAGGAGUGCCGGUGCUUAGCUUCUUAGAAAGGCAACAAAUACCAUACGAGAAAGAAACAUUGGAGAACAUUCACAAGCAAGUGAUAGACAGUGCAUACGAAGUCAUAAGCCUCAAGGGCUACACAUCUUGGGCCAUAGGAUACUCGGCAGCCAACCUUGCUCGAAGCAUACUCAGAGACCAGAGGAAGAUCCACCCGGUGUCGGUCCUCGCCACCGGGUUCUACGGCAUUGGCGGCGGCCAAGUGUUCUUGAGCUUGCCUGCGCAGCUGGGAAGGGGUGGUGUUUUGGGAGUGACUAAUGUGCAUCUCUCGGAGGAGGAGGAGCAGAGGCUCAAGGACUCUGCCAAAACCAUCCUAGAAGUGCAGUCUCAGUUGGGAUUGUGAAUGUUAAUAAUCCACACACAAUGGUAAAAACAUGCCAAGUUGGAUGUGAUAUCUAUGUACUUAUAUGUUGUUGCUUUUGUUUUUCUACUAGUUCAUACCACACAUAUAAUCUUACUUUGGUUAUGUUUUUGCUUUUGGGAUGGUACGUUUUGAAUUGUAAGAAAAUUGUUGUUGUGUUUUCCUCUAUAAAUUAUAACCAAAAGGCUUAACCUUAACACUUUUAAGACCUUAA